GAGGGCAUCUCCAGUUUGUCACUGAGAGAACGGAAUGGCUGGCCAUUUUGUCCUUUUAAAGCUGGUGUUGUCGCUCAGUCACGUUUUUGGCCAUCAAAGUGAAAAGACAUUUAUUUUCCUGUCUCAUCAUUGAGAGAUUCAUGUUGGACAUUUUUCUGAAUGCAUUCUCGCCCAUUUACGGACCAAGGAGCUACCAACCAACCCACACAAGUGUGCAUUUACUUGUAUUGCAUUCCAUCGACCUAAUGGGUGAACGAAAAGAAAAAAAAAUGGAUAAGUGCAACAUCAUUCAUGAGCCUCGUUCUAAAACCGAACGGUAUCUGGCCUAGUGUAGGUACUUCGCGCAAAGCUUCUCCGGCUUUGAUCUGACUUAACGGGCUCUGUGGUUUUCCUAUUUACUCUUUGACCAUAAUUGACCCCAAGUUGAGAUUUAUGCUCGCUUUUGAUCCUCACUGACGAGACCCUUGGCAUGGUUGACAUUCCUGCUCAGAGCACCAAGCCAUCGAAGCCAGUCUACAAUGUGGAACUCUCACCGAGCGACUGCCAAAAAGUAACCCUCGCUGGUGCCUUCGUCUUCUCCUCUAAACAUUCCCGAAGUCAUUCCAAUGUCCAACCGGCUUCUAUCCAACCAUUCCUCCUUUGAAGUGGAGUGAGAAAAAAAGAUCCCCAAAACCAGUCUUCUCGUCGAGUGUCACUGGCUUCAUCAGCCUCAGAACCUAGCCAAACCCAUCUCGGUCUCUGUGUGCCUUUGAGUGAGAGAGUGAGUGCCCCGUACCCAAAGUGUGUUUGCAUGCGAGCGUGGUACCGACUUACUUACAAUGUGAUGGUGGUUGUGCCCGUGAUUGGAGCGCAUAUCCGUGCAUUACCAAGAGUGAGCCCAUCAUCCUCUGAAAUACGUGAAUUCGAACGAACAUAUUGAAUGGAUGGACGAGGAGGAAGAGAAGGAAGAAGAAGAGGAGGAGGAGGAGGAGGCAUUAAAUAGGGAAGGCGCGGGCUCUGAUGGUUUUGGUUUUGGCAGUGGGUUUAUUUUUUCAGUUGACAAUCGGUGUCGCCUGAAGUGACACUUCAGAGAGUUUCUCUCUUGCUCCUCUAGCUAGCCUAACUCGCUCCCUCGGUCGUUAGUUCCAUCCAAAAAGGUGGUGGUAGUGUUUGUUCACUGGCUCUUGAGUUCCAUCGCUUGUAUUGCAGUGGGUGCAAUAUGCACAAUCUCAAUUUGUCUCAACGUUCAAAUCAACUUGGACUGUAGUCAGUCGUCAGGAAUAGACUUGAAAGUGGGCGUGUGCGGAAAGGUGUGAACAAGAGGCGGAGAAACAUGUCGUCCUGUGUGUUGCCAGUGUUCCAAAAGUUUCAAAAACGGAGAACGAAAAGUGAGAUCAAGCUUGGUGAAAGUGAUCUCUUACCCAGGACACUUAAGACCAAUCAUGAUGUAAUAAGGCCCCAUUGCAAUGAGGGUCACAAGUCGGGGAUUGGUGAAUUGCUGAACAACAAACCAAGAAGGGACAGUCAGGGUUUCACUAUAGAUCACAAAGUUGGUACAUUUCCAAAUGAAGUCUCCUUGAGUAUUCGUCACAAUCAUCCCACAUUGGGGUUAUCGGAUGCUGCCUAUCAACGUGCUCACCAAUCUCAUCACAUGAAUCCGGAACAGUACCAACGGCUUCAAGUCCAACUUCAACCUCCUCGACCUCAAUCGCGGGGAGUUCUAUCGCUUGGAUUGCCCUCACAUUUGAAAUCCGGAACCCUGUUCAAAAGGACAUCUACGCCUCGCAUCACUGAUCAAGAUCAGGAGCCAAGGGACCCGGACCAUGAUCAGGCUUGGCAUUCAGCCACGGAAAGGCGAAGAUCUCUUCCCCGGAAUCUUCCAAAAAGUAUGCGCUAUCAGGGACAUGUUAGACGACGACCCCUCUCUGCUCAUGGAGAUUUGGUCAAAAAGAAGAACUACCGCUCAACUAAACCUGAGCCUGAUGCUGUGAGUUCCAGUAGUGGACAUUAUUCGACCGAGAGGUCGCCCAUGACCUCUCCAGUGUUGCCACCUCGAAUGGGACGGACGACGUUACCUAACCAAGGGCCUCCUCCAAGGCAUCUUCUUCCCAGCUCUUUGAGUCCGUGUCCCAUGACCAAAAUGCACCCAAUCAUUCCCGGGCUUUUGCUUCAGCAGCAACACUUUCAACACCCCUUGAAUUCAGAAAUUGCGGACAAUGCUUGUGGGCAAAGCACGGGCGAGUCCACGAGUAGCUCUUCAUCAGCGGCCGAAUCUGAUUCUUUGGGAGGAGGAAGCAUUCGAAAUUCCUCUCCCGAAUCCAUCUUCGCCAAGAGCACGACCAUCAACCACACCAGUAGUAGCCACACCAGCUUUGAGGACGACAAAUUCGGUCGUCUCUCUCCGAUGGUGUUGUCUCAGCCGUCUUCUCACAAGCUGAAGCAGCAAUUAAUGAUUUCCGCCGGGAAAUUAAGGAAAGGUGCCUCUCCGCCCAAUCUCGACCAUGGCUACCACACAUUAACCCCGACCUCAUCACUCGACAGUCCGGCUGCUCGGAACUCCCCUGACUCAUUGGGCGUUCGGGCCACUAAAACCCAGAUCAGCGACCUCCACAUCCUCACACACAAUGCCAAACACUCACCCGUGUCGCGGAACUACAAAACCGCCGUGAACACGAACCUGAACAGUCGCUCCUCGACACCGAGGUCGAGAGUACGGGAGAACCAUUUCGAUCGUCUCAGUGAUGACCUUGUGGUCAAAAUCCUGUCUUAUCUGACUUCUAAUGAGCUGGUGAUGUGUUCUCGGAUCAGUCGGCGGUUCUACUUUGUGGCCUGGGAGCCCCAGCUAUGGUCCUCGAUUUGGUUGGUGGGUGAAUCCUUGGACGCAGAUCUGGCCCUUAAGACGAUCAUCCGUCUCCUGUCGAGAAACACCUCGAGUCAACAGCUGCCCGUGGAUACCUUGGUUCUGGGUGGCUGUCAACAUCUAACAGACCGAGGCUUGGCCAUUGUGGCUCGCAGGUGUCCACAGCUCAGACAUUUGGAAGUGCAAAAUUGUUCCAAUCUCACCAAUGGCGGACUCAUGGACCUUGUCACGAAAUGCACUCUCCUCGAACAUUUGGACGUCUCCGGAUGUCACAUGGUGUCAACCAUCGCCGUUCACCAACCCCCACAACUUCCCAACACCCUUGUUCCCAGCCGAUCAAUGCAAAUCCCUCAUCAGUAUCACCAUCCUCUUCAUCAGCAGCACCUUCUUCGACGAAGUCUAAACCUCCAAUACCUUGAUCUCACGGAUUGCACCUCAAUGGAAGAUUCGGGAUUAAAAAUGAUUGUGGAAACCUGUCCACAACUGCUCUACCUUUUCUUGAGGCGUUGUCAGAAUAUUACAGAUGUUGGGGUCAAAUACAUAUCAUCAUAUUGUCCAUCUUUGCGUGAGUUAAGCAUCUCAGAUUGUUCCCACAUCACGGACUUUGGACUUUACGAACUGGCCAAAUUGGGUCCAAAUCUUCGGUACUUGUCGGUGGCCAAGUGUGACCAGAUUUCAGACUCGGGCGUGAAACAAAUCGCCAAAUUGUGCUACAAACUUCGAUAUUUGAAUGUCAGAGGCUGCGAGGCCGUUAGUGACGAAGCUGUGGAGACUUUGGCUCGAUCUUGUUCAAGGUUACGAUCCUUGGACUUGGGCAAAUGUGAUGUGACUGAUGUUGGGCUGAAAGUGUUGUCUGAGAAUUGCCCAAACUUGAAAAAGCUCAGUGUGAAGAGCUGCGAAAUGGUCAGUGAUCAAGGGAUCCAACUCAUUGCCUACUAUUGUCGAGGAUUGCAGCAAUUGAACGUCCAGGACUGCCCAAUCUCCAGCAAAGGCUAUAAAACUGUCAAGAAGUUCUGUCGUCGAUGCAUCAUUGAGCAUUCCAAUCCUGGCUUCUUUUGAACCUGAGGCUUACAAGAAAAAAGUCCCGGGCCAAAACCCAUGAGAACAAAACCCAAUCCAUUCUUUCUAUUGCUGACCUAGUCAUCCCUGAAUUGGUUCAACCAAUAGCACCAGCACUUCUCUCUACAGCCUAGUCGACCUUUUUACUUGGAUAAUAAACCUUUUGUGAACAUAGAUACAUCUUGUAUG